AUGCUUGCACAAAAGUAGAUUCCUAACAAAUUCUUAUUGGCUAAGCUCAAGGAAGCUGAAGAAAGAAACGAUUCUCAAUCAGUUCCCUCAUUUAUGAAUCAAACUGUUACUAUCAAUAAUCAGCAUAUAAGCGAUUAAAUUAGAAAGGCCAAGAAAGAGGCUGUAAGUUUGCACACAAGUUGUAAGUCAACAUAACAUUCGCCUAAAACUUCAUUAGACCUUUCAGAAUUUAUUAAGCAAACUAAAAUCUAAUAAAUGACACAAUAGAAACUGUUGAUGGAGAAAAAGUUCUCACAACUUGCAAUCUCCAAGGUACGGGAUGAUGUGAGUCAUUUUUAUGAUUAAAUUAAAUCGCCGAAUACAACAAGGGAGUAACGCAGCUUUUAGCCAAGACGUUAAAGAGCUACGUUCCACAAAAAAUCACAAAGCGGUUAACAAAUUCAUUUGAUAGAUAUGAAAGAAUGUUAAAAAUUAGAAGAUGGCUUGAAUAAAGAAAUAUCAUCUUUACAUACAGAAGAUCCAGGAGGAAGAGUUUAGAGCAUAUAGUUAAGAGAUUGGUUUUAAAAAUAAUAAGGCGAUGAUUUAAUUCCCAUAUUGACAGUUACUAUGAACGAAUUAGUUAAAUCACUGAAAAAAGAAUGUUUAGAAAGAGGAGAAUUGGUUGAAUAAAUUUGGUCGAAAGUUAUUUAAAUGGUUAAUAAGAUUAAAUUUGAUUCUGAAAUUUUAGUUAAAAAAAACGAUGUAUUAGUAAUGGAUGAAUAAGCCAAAGUAUUUUACAUUUAUUAAGAAAAAAUGUCAAGUUUGUAGAAUUAGAUCUAAGAAGUCUCUCUCAAAUACUCCUAAGAAGUUACUCAACAUAAUGUUUGUAAAUAGGAAUAUAAGGAAUUGGAGAUCAACUUUAAAAAAAAUAGAUCAUAAUUAAAUGAUCUAAGAAAAAUUGCAUCUUUUUUAUAAAAAAAAUUGAAACAAUCUCAUCAAGAAAUAGAAAUACUAAAUAGAAAGUUAUAAACAAUUACUUAAAAACAAUUAGAAUCCUAAUAAUAAAUACAUAGAGAUAUCAAUAGUACUCUCUAACAGGUUCAUAGUUAGAGAAUAUUGAUAAAUCAAGAGAGCAUGUUCUCAUUAAAAUAAUCAUAAUAAUUAUAACCUCCUUCUUUAAAUUAAAUAUAGCAAUCUCAACAACAAAAGGUGUUGCAACAUAUCAUCAAUUCGAGCUAAGUUUAAACAGGGUAAAGAAUGUCAUAUUUGGGCAAUUCUUAAGUACAAAAAUCUUAACAGGAGAAGUCAAGUUCUUCUGAUGAAGAUGAUUUGAUGGAUGGAUUGUUAGAUGAUAAAAAUAUCAUAGAAAUGGACAACAUGGUUAUGAAUAUGGAUAAGAUUAUUAAAGUGGCUUGUGUGGAAACCUAAGUUGAAACAGACAUACUUCAUUUAUAUUAGAGAACCCAAGAGAUACAAACAAAUAUUACUAUGAUGGCUAAAGAUUUCAAUUUAAUAACUGACUCUUAAGUAAAAAUCUAGAAUGUAGUUGAGUAAUUUAAAUAAAGAAGUCAAGUUGAAGAGACACUCAAAUUAUGCGAAGAUAAGACAAACAAAUCGUUUUCAGGGAGAUAAUUGAAUUAAAUAAUAGAAUCGAAAUUUCUUAAUAAGGAGUAGCCAUCUCCUGGAGUUUAUAAAUAAAAUUAAAUACGAUAAGACUCAUUUAUAUCUAAAAAAGGUGUAAAUUAAUCAAAUGAAUAUGUUACAAGUAAUGAUUAGAGUAUGGAUAUCAAUUCUGAUAGAUAUGUCGACUUUGAAAAAGUUAAGACACUUGUUUUGAUGAUGCAAAUUUUAGAAAAUAAAAACAAGGAACUGUAAUAUAUUAUUGAUUAAAUGAAUGAAAAAUGCAACAAACAUAUGCAAGAAUUGGAAGAUGCUAGAAGUAGAGCAGUGUCUAUUAGUACAUUUAAAAUCUUAAAAGAACAAUAAUAAUAAUAAUAAUAAUAAUAAUUGACAUCAUAAUAUAUUGAUGGAGAAUCUUCUCCCGAAUAGUAUGCCAAAUUUAAUUCGUCCUAAAAAAUGAUAAAGCGCCAAAAAGAUAAUAAAAAAUUGAAUUAGGCAAAGUUAAUCUUCAAAGGUCCUUAAUUAGGUCAGAAAGUUAAUAUAAUCUAUGAAUUUUAGAAAGUGAAUGCUGGGCCACAAUUAGUUGAAAAAAUUAAAUUAAAGUAAUUGCCUAAAAUUAAGCAUUUUAUGCCUUUAAAGUUACUCUUGAAACAAAUCACUGUUAUUUAUUAGGAUAGAAUACAACAGCAAAAGGAUAAUCAAGCCUUUAAAGAUUAGGAUAUGGCAUCAUUUGUAUACAGUUACUUUUUACAAUAAUUUGGGAUAAAAAGGAUAGCAGAGUAAAAGUUCUUAAUUCUGAUAGUUUCAGUUAAACAUUAUAAAUAAAUAGUAAGAAUAAACAAUUUUGCAAAAUUCUUAGGAUUAUUUGAUGAUUGUGUUAAUUACUCAAUAGAUGAGAUGAAAAAAUAUUUGGAAUCAUUUGAUUAUGUUACUAAUAUUUCAACACUUGGUAUUUAAAUUCCAGACCAAGAUUCCGAGGUCAGAUACUUUGUACCAUAUGUCAGAGCAUAAUAAUACAUAGGGAUGUUUGCAGAUUCAAGAAUGACAAUUGAAGAAAAAGAGGAAUUAAAAAAGGAAUUAGAUUUACUAAAAGAAGUGGAUACAAAAACAUCAAAUAGGUAGUCAGUAAUAGAUUUUGAUUAAUUUAUGAUUCAAAUGUUUGUCAAAUAUAAAAUAUUAGUAAGUAGAGCCAAAGAGUAUGUUAUUAACGCAUUUGCUGCAUGUGAUUUAGAUGGUAAUGGGAUGUGUAAUUUUGAAGAAUGGUAUUUAUUGCUUAGACAUAUAGAACCUGAUAGAUUGACUAAUGAUGAAAUUUCUGAAAUAUUCUUCACAAAUGCUGAUUUAUUAAUUAAGGGAGAGUAGAAUUUUUCAUUUGAAAAGUUUGCAGUUGUAUGUGUUGAGUAUGGAUUAUUUUCAGAAGAGGCAUAAAAUUCAUUUUUAUAGAUAAAAGGGACAAAAACAGAGAUUAUGAUACAAUUUUAAAAAUUAAUUGAUGGAUGGACAGGAUAGAGAAAGACAAUAGAAUAAAGAUUUGAAUAGGUGACGUUACUGGAAACAGAGAAAAUAGAUUCCUGGAGAGCGAUAAUUGAAACUCUAGAGAGAAAGAUACUGGAUCUGAAGGAACAUUUGACUUAAGCUGGAGUUGAAAAGAAAGUCAAGCCUCUUUUGAUUGCUAAUUUACUAUUGAAUAAAGAAUCUGAAAUGCUGUUAGAAUUACAAGAGGAUAUUGAUGAUGAUGGAUCACCUAAUGCUAAGGCAUUUCAAUAAAAUUUUGCAUCAAACGGGAAUGAUGAAUUAAAAUUAAUAUAUAUGUUUUCAUCACUAUCUGCUGGUUAUGAUGAUUUAUGGAAGGCCAUAAUUCGACCUCCAAGAGACAACGAGUAUACUGAGUAGGAUUUAGGCCCUAGUCAAUUUAAAAUAUAAGGAGUAUUGAUUAAGAGAACGGACAUCCAAAUCAAAAAUAAAAGAGGACUAAAAUUGGAAUGCUCAUUUUUUGAGCCAAUGAAAAAACCAUGUGAGUAAUUGCCAUGUGUAAUAUACUUGCACGGUAAUAGUAGUAGCAGAUUAGAAUGCUUGUCAUCUUUGGAUGGGCUUCUAUAACAAUAUAUCUAAGUGUUUAGUUUUGAUUUUGCUGGUUGUGGUAAAUCGGAAGGCGAAUAUAUAUCCCUAGGUUGGUACGAGAGAGAUGAUGUUGAAACAAUAGUGGACUGGUUACGUUAAAGCAACAAAGUCUCUACUAUAGGAUUAUGGGGACGAUCUAUGGGAGCAGUUACUGCUUUAAUGCAUGCAGAUAGAGACCCGAGUAUUGCUGGUUUAGUUUUGGAUAGUGCAUUUUCAAAUUUAAAGACUUUGGCAGAAGAAUUAGCAAAGUAAUAUGCUCAAAAAGUGCCCUCUUUUGCUAUCUCAGCUGGAUUGUCAAUGAUAAGGAAAACGAUUUAAUCAAAAGCCAAUUUUGAUAUUGAAAAUAUCAAUCCACUCAAGAAUCAUGUUGCGAAGGCCUUCAUUCCUGCAUUUUUUAUUGCUGCCGAUGAAGAUACUUUUGUGUUGCCUCAUCACACUAAGAAAUUACAUGAAGCUUAUGCAGGAGAUAAAAAUAUUUCAAUAGUUCCUGGGGAUCAUAAUUCUAAGAGGCCAUCCUAUGUGAUGAACUCAAUAGCAAUUUUCUUUUACAACACUCUAUAAGUGAAGCAUUUAGUUCCUGAAUACAAGCCAGAUUUAGAGAAAAUAGACAAUGACUUCCAAAAUGAUGAGGCAAAUUUUCUAUAUAAAUAUCAAAACCAUGUUGGAAAUGCAUUUUAAGUUUAGGGAGCUAUGAAUGAAUUUGAUGAUGAUGAAGAAUUAAGAAAAGCCAUAGAGGAAAGUCUAAAAGUAACUAAUUCCGAAUCUAACCAAUAAAAUUAAGAAAACGCAUAAAAUAGGCCAUAGGUUUAACCAUAUAAACAACCUGAAGACCUAUUAAAAUUUUCAGAUGAUGAGAGUUUGUUAUGA